CCCCCUUCUCUUUUUAAAUUCUCCGCCUUCAUCAUCUUUAGCUCUCCAUCCACUGUACUCGUCCCUCUCCAUCUCUCUCGAAAAUGGCGACUGAAGAGACCGGCAACAACCCUCCGCCGCCGGCCGCCGCUCCUAAUUCCGCGCUCCCGCAGUACCCCGAAAUGAUCAUGGCAGCGAUCGAGGCUCUCAACGACCCCAGCGGCUCGAACAAGUCGGCCAUAGCCAAGCAAAUCGAGUCCACCUACGGCGAUCUGCCUGCCGCCCACUCCACGCUGCUGACGCACCACCUCAACAAGAUGAAGCUGAGCGGCGAGCUCGUGAUGGUGAAGAACAACUACAUGAAGCGCGACCCCAACGCGCCCCCGAAGCGCGGCCGCGGCCGCCCUCCGAAGCCAAAGGAGCCCGCCCCGCCGGGAGCCGUGGCCUCGCCGCCGAGGCCCCGCGGCCGGCCUCCGAAGCCGAGGGAUCCCAACGCGCCGCCGCCUCCUGCUCCAAAGACGAAGGCCCCGGCGGCAACCGGGAAGAAGAGAGGCAGGGGGAGGCCGCCGAAGGAGAAGCCGGAUACGGCUCCGGCUCCGGCUGCGGCUGGAGGAGUCAAGAGAGGCAGGGGGAGGCCCCCGAAGGUGAAGCCGGCUGUUGCGCCGGUCGGGGCUUGAGCCGAGCCGGAGUGACGGAAAGCAUGAGAAGAUUAGUUUUUCCUUUGUUACUUUUGUUAGGUGUAUCACUUUAGUUAGACCUGUGAGCUGUGCUGAUAACCCCUUUUUUUU